CUCAGUCACAGGGAUAACCUUGACAGUCAAAGAUCUGAUUGAAGGCAAUGAGUAUGAGUUCCGUGUAGCUGCUGUCAACAAGGCUGGAACAGGACCAUUCAGUGCUCCAUCAGAACCAAGAAUCACAAAACCACCAUAUGAUGCUCCUGGAGCUCCUGAGAAACCUGAAGUGACAGCCGUCGACAAAACACAGAUCACCAUCUCCUGGUCACCUCCAGAAUCUGACGGUGGUAGUCCAAUCACUGGCUACAUCAUUGAGAAGAAAGAGACCUCCUCAACAAGAUGGACAAAAGCUCACAGAGACUCAGUCACAGAGACAACACUGACAGUGAAAGAUCUGAUUGAAGGCAAGGAGUAUGAGUUCCGUGUAGCUGCUGUCAACAAGGCUGGCACAGGACCAUUCAGCGCUCCGUCAGAACCGAGAAUCACAAAACCACCAUAUGAUGUUCCUGGUGCACCUGAAAAGCCUGAAGUGACAGCUGUUGACAGAACACAGAUCUCCAUCUCCUGGUCACCUCCAGAAUCUGAUGGUGGUAGUCCAAUCACCGGCUACAUUAUUGAGAAGAAAGACACCUCCUCAACAAGAUGGACAAAAGCUCACAGAGAGUCGGUCACCGAGACAACACUGACAGUCAAAGAUCUGAUUGAAGGCAAUGAGUAUGAGUUCCUUGUAGCUGCUGUCAACAAGGCUGGAACAGGACCAUUCAGUGCUCCAUCAGAACCAAGAAUCACGAAACCACCAUAUGAUGUCCCUGGAGCACCUGAGAAGCCUGAAGUGACAGCCGUCGACAGAACACAGAUCACCAUCUCCUGGUCACCUCCAGAAUCUGACGGUGGUAGUCCAAUCACUGGCUACGUCAUUGAGAAGAAAGACACCUCCUCAACAAGGUGGACAAAAGCUCACAGAGAAUCAGUCACCGAGACAACACUGACAGUCAAAGAUCUGAUUGAAGGCAAGGAGUAUGAAUUCCGUGUAGCUGCUGUCAACAAGGCUGGAACAGGACCAUUCAGUGCUCCAUCGAAGCCAAGAAUCACGAAACCACCCUAUGAUGCUCCUGGAGCUCCUGAGAAGCCUGAAGUGACAGCCGUCGACAAAACACAGAUCUCCAUCUCCUGGUCACCUCCAGAAUCUGACGGUGGUAGUCCAAUCACCGGCUACAUUAUUGAGAAGAAAGAGACCUCCUCAACAAGAUGGACAAAAGCUCACAGAGACUCAGUCACAGAGACAACACUGACAGUGAAAGAUCUGAUUGAAGGCAAGGAGUAUGAGUUCCAUGUUGCUGCUGUCAACAAGGCUGGAACAGGACCAUUCAGUGCUCCAUCAGAACCAAGAAUCACAAAACCACCAUAUGAUGUUCCUGGAGCUCCUGAGAAGCCUGAAGUGACAGCCGUCGACAGAACACAGAUCACCAUCUCCUGGUCACCUCCAGAAUCCGAUGGUGGUAGUCCAAUCACAGGCUACAUCAUUGAGAAGAAAGACACCUCCUCAACAAGAUGGACAAAAGCUCACAGAGACUCAGUCACUGAGACAACACUGACAGUCAAAGAUCUGAUUGAAGGCAAGGAGUAUGAGUUCCGUGUAGCUGCUGUCAACAAGGCUGGAACAGGACCAUUCAGUGCUCCAUCAGAACCAAGAAUCACAAAACCACCAUAUGAUGUACCUGGAGCUCCUGAGAAGCCUGAAGCGACAGCUGUCGACAGAACACAGAUCACCAUCUCCUGGUCACCUCCAGAAUCUGACGGUGGUAGUCCAAUCACUGGCUACAUCAUUGAGAAGAAAGAGACCUCCUCAACAAGAUGGACAAAAGCUCACAGAGACUCAGUCACAGAGACAACACUGACAGUCAAAGAUCUGAUUGAAGGCAAGGAGUAUGAGUUCCGUGUAGCUGCUGUCAACAAGGCUGGAACAGGACCAUUCAGUGCUCCAUCAGAACCAAGAAUCACAAAACCACCAUAUGAUGUGCCGGGACCACCUGGUAAGCCCGAUGUCAUUGAAAUUGCCAGUACCUCCAUGACCUUAACCUGGACAGCCCCUGCGUCAGACGGAGGCAGUCCCAUCACCGGAUACAUCAUCGAGAAGAAGGAUCGCUUCAGCUCACGUUGGCUGAAAGUCAAAGAGACAUCCAUCACGGAGACAGUGUAUACGGUUGUAGAUCUCAAGGAAGGGACCGAGUAUGAAUUCAGAGUGUCGGCAGAAAACAAGGCUGGUGUUGGGAAACCGAGCGAGGCUUCUGACAAGACAGUUGCCAAACCACCUUAUGAUGCUCCUGGUGCACCAGGUAUCCCAGAGAUAUCCGACGUGGACAGCACCCACAUGACACUCACCUGGACCCCACCCACUGACGACGGAGGAGCCGACAUCUUAGGUUACAUCAUUGAGAAGUGUGAUGCUGACAGGAAACGAUGGGUCAAAGCACACAAGGAGGAUAUGAUAACAGACUUGACAUGCACUGUGGCUGACCUAGUAGAAGGAACCAGUUAUAUGUUCCGGGUUAGCGCUGAGAAUAUUGCGGGUGUCGGCGAAUCUAGCGAGGCUGCUGGUCCUCAGAAAGCUAAGCCACCAUAUGAUGUCCCAGAUGCUCCCAACAGUCCAGACGUAUCAAACAUUGACAAGACCUCUGUCAAAGUCACCUGGAGUCCCCCAGAACACGACGGGGGAGCCAAGAUCACGGGAUACGUCGUUGAGAGGAGAGAUGUUGGCCGAGACCGAUGGGUGAAGGCUCAUAAGACACCGCUGAUGGAUACCAGCUUCACAGCUACCGAUCUGAUUGAGGGCAAGGAGUAUGAGUUCAGAGUCAGCGCACAGAACAAGGCUGGCGUGGGCGAACCAAGUGCACCAUCUAUUGCUAUCAAGGCCAAAUUGCCUUAUGAUGUACCAGAUGCUCCGUUAAUCCCCAAGAUCUCUGAUGUCACUGAAUCCUCCAUGAAGCUGGACUGGACCGCACCCAAAUCAGACGGCGGCGAUGACAUCACCGACUACAUCAUCGAGAAGAAGGACCGCUUCAGUCCACGAUGGACCAAAGCGGCCCAAGUACAAGCCACUGAGACCUCUUGUAUUAUGGAUGGUCUGAAGGAAGGCAAUGAGUACCAGUUCAGAGUGAUUGCUGCAAACAAGGCUGGUCCAGGGAAGCCCAGUGAUUCCUCCAAGCCUACAGUUGCCAAGUCACCGUAUGAUGUUCCUGGCACUCCAGGCGCACCGGUCGUCUCAGAUAUUACAGCCACCUCGAUGACCCUCAACUGGUCUCCACCUCAGUCUGACGGUGGCACUCCCAUCACUGGCUACACCAUUGAGCGCAAGGACAAAUUUAGCUCCCGCUGGUCUAAAAUCACCAAGGAGCCUGUAGCGGAGACCACCUUCAAGGUGACUGACCUGAAGGAAGGGGAGGAGUAUCAGUUUAGGGUGACAGCCGAGAACAUCCGCGGUCCUGGGAAACCGGGCGAUGCUUGUUCAUUCGUGAAAGCCAAGCCUCCGUAUGAUUUGCCAGGCAAGCCAUCAGCUCCCAAGGUCACCGAUGUAGACAGCAGUCACAUGACAGUCACAUGGUCACCUCCCGAGUCGGACGGAGGCAGUCCAAUCACAGGUUACAUUCUUGAGAUGAAAGACACAAGCUCCACACGCUGGGCCAAGGUAUCAAGAGAAAGCAUCAGUGAGACGACGUUCAAGGUCAAAGACUUGAAAGAGGGAACUGAGUACGAGUUCAGAGUGACGGCUGAGAACAAGGCUGGGGCUGGGAAACCAAGCGAUGCAUCCAAGGCCCAAGUUGCAAAAUCGAAAUAUGAUGUACCAGGUGCCCCAGAGAAGCCCACAGUCUCUGAAAUCACAGCCGUUUCCAUGACACUCACAUGGUCUCCUCCUGACUCCAACGGAGGUAGCCCAAUCACAGGCUAUGUCUUAGAGAAGCGAGACAUCUCAAGCAAACGCUGGCUGAAGGUGUCAACAGAAACCAUCACCGAACUGACCUUUGAGGUCACUGGACUGACCCAGGGUUCAAAGUACGAAUUCCGAGUCAGCGCCCAGAACAAAGCUGGAACAGGAAAACCAAGCGCUCCUUCAGAUGUCAACGAAGCCAAGCCACCUUACGAUGUCCCAGGAGCCCCUGGUAAACCAGAACUCACAAACGACACAGAAACAACCAUCCACCUAAAGUGGUCUGCUCCCAAGUCAGAUGGUGGCAGCCCCAUCACUUCGUACAUCAUUGAGCAAAAGGAGAGCUUUGCAAGAUCCUGGACUCGUGUCCUGGAAACCAAAAUGACCAACGUUGAGUGUACGGUCAGCAACCUGAAACAGGGAUCUGAGUACCAGUUUAGAGUCAGUGCUGAGAACAAGGCUGGUGUGGGCAGUCCCAGUGAACCUUCGAACCCUAUCGUUGCCAAGUUGCCAUAUGAUGUUCCUUCACCACCUGAGAAUGUCAAACUCUCUCCCGUGUCGCCAACAUCCAUCCAGCUGACAUGGAGUGCACCAUCAAAUGACGGGGGCUCUCCAAUCACUGGUUACUACAUCUACCAAAAGGAUGCAUUCUCCUCAAGAUGGAAUAAGAUUACCUCCGAGAUUAUUGAGGAAACUUCGUACAAAGUGAAGUCUCUAGCGGACGGCUCUGAAGCUGCGUUCCAUGUCACUGCCGUUAACAAGGCUGGGGAGAGUAAGCCAAGCGAGAGUGUGGCUCUCAAGAUCCAACCACCAGGAGCUCCAGAAGCUCCAGAGAUUGAAAAGAUCGACAACAAAUUUGCCGUUGUGACCUGGUCAGCUCCAGACAACACAGGUGGUAGUCCCAUUACCGGUUAUCAGCUUGAGAAACGAGACACUGCCAAGGAUCGCUGGGUGAAGGUUACCAGAGGAGCAAUCAAGGAGACGACUUUUGAAGUUAAGGAUCUUGUCAAGGAUGCUGUGUAUGAGUUCCGAGUGGCUGCUGAGAAUAAAGCAGGCAUCGGGGAACCAAGCCAGCCAUCUAAGAGAGCUGUUGCCAAGCUGCCUUAUGAUGUACCUGAUGCUCCAAGCAAACCUGAAAUUACAUCAGUCAACAAGACUGAAAUGACACUGACAUGGAACCCUCCCGGCUCUGAUGGUGGCUCACCAAUUACAAGAUACAUCUUGGAGAAGAAAGAACCGUUCUCCUCCCGAUGGUCGGAAGUCAUCAAAGUGACUGAGACUGAAUUCAAAGUGACUGGAUUGAAGGAAGGGACCGAGUAUCAGUUCAGGGUCAGUGCUGAAAACAAAGCUGGUGUUGGAAAACCGAGUGAACCCAGCGAAUCCAAAGUGGCCAAAUUGCCUUUUGAUGUGCCAGAAUCACCCAAGAAUCUGGCUAUCACUGACAGCAAACCAACCUCACUCACUCUGAGUUGGUCAGCUCCUGACAGUGACGGAGGAUCUCCCGUCACUGGUUACAUCAUCGAGAGGAAGGAUAAAUUCAGUAGCCGCUGGACCAGAGUCAAUACCGCCUCAAUUCAAGAGACUAGCUUCAACGUCACAGGACUCCAGGAAGGAACCGAGUACGAAUUCAGAGUGAUUGCUGAGAAUAAAGCCGGCUCAAGCAAACCCAGCGACUCUGUGGCUUUAAAGAUUCAACCACCAGGAGCUCCAGAAGCUCCAGAGAUUGAAAAGAUCGACAACAAAUUUGCCGUCGUGACCUGGUCACCUCCUGACAGCACAGGCGGUAGUCCCAUCACCGGUUAUCAUCUUGAGAGAAGAGACACUGCCAAGGAUCGCUGGGUGAAGGUUACCAGAGGAGCAAUCAAGGAGACGAAAUUUGAAGUUAAGGAUCUUGUCAAGGAUGCGGAGUAUGAGUUCCGAGUGGCUGCUGAGAAUAAAGCAGGCAUCGGGGAACCCAGCCUGCCAUCAAAGAGAGCUGUUGCCAAGCUGCCUUAUGAGUUAUACUGA